AUGAAAUGUUGCUGAGCUCACGCAUAGUUUCGCUCAGUGUUGUUGGUGCUGGAAUCUAGUCUGCGAUGAGCGAUCGCUUUGUUAAACCAGGCAAUCAGGAGCAUGGAUGGAACGAUCCGCCACAGUUUUCAUAUGGUUUACAGAAGGAUUCGGGUGGACAAAAGCGCAAUAUUCUCAACAAGAGGGUUCAUGCACCACAAACCACAGUAGGUUCUGGAUCAGAGAUUCAAUCCACACCGGUGGCAGGACAAACACCUCCACGAGGCAUAAACCCUCCACCGAUGGAUGGCGUCACUCCACCUCUUGCUUGUCCAAGAGUUCCCUCAGAUGGAGCAGUGCAGGCUGUACAGUCGGAAACAGAGCCAUGCAUUGAAGAUGUUCAGGAAUCACUUUAUUGGGUGUUAAAUGCCUGCAGACCCAAUGUAAAGAAACAGGUCUGUGAUGAUGUAGAAAGACGUCUGAAAGUUUUCGAGGACAUGUGGAAAAGUGGAAAACUCUCUCUUUUAGUUAAGCGUAGGAUGCUCGGAUUAUCGCAAGAGCUGAAAAGAGAAAACUGGGAUGCAGCGGAUGAGAUCCACCGAGGCCUAAUGGUGGACCACGUUUCUGAAGUCAGUCAGUGGAUGGUGGGAGUGAAGCGUCUCAUCGCUGAAGCUCGAAGUCUAGAAAAAAUCAACUGCGCCGAUGAGGCAUCCUGAAUCCAGUAAAUCUCUGAAAAACCCAUGUUUCUUUGGACAACAUGCCAAAGACGUGAUCUGUGUUAACUUAUGUAAAGUUUUGUAGAAUCCAAGUGCUCAUUUCCAUCAAGAUCAUCUUCUAUUACUUCUAUUUUUGUAAGGUGGUGCUGGGGAAUGUUUUUUCUUUUUCUUUUCCUCCUGGUAAUUUGUUUACUAUAUUGCCUUAUAUUAAAUAAUAUGAGUACUGUACAUACAAAUCUGCUUUUAGAAAGGGGACUGACUGCCGAUUAUAUUUCAGCUGGAAUAAAGCCCAGUUUUCACA